AUGGAUCUCCUUGAAGAAUUGAGCGACCUGCCCACUGUGCGCAGGACUUUCAAGGCGUCUGACAAGGAAACUGACUUUACGCAGUUCAGUAUUUUUCAAGAUGCCACGCAGGAAGUUUCACAGUCCACGCAGGUGAUUGAGCAGGAGAAAACCAGCAGUUUUGGGCUGCUGGGUAUUGACUCCGGCUUUAUUGGAGCGGUGAUGAAGCGACUAAAUGGUGAAAAGGAGGAGCAUACCGAGCAAGCUAAUGACAGUGAAGAUGAAGCCGCACCUGAAAGCGAACCCGAGGAACGCGAAAAAAUACAGCAUACUCUCAUACUUGAGAAGCCCGCUACCGAGGUGCCCACCACUCAGCAGGUGGAUGAAAUCUUGCGUGCCGACAGCGACGAGGCCGAGGAGCACGAAGAUACGCAGGAGUUUGUUCCAGACCGUCAGAUCAACCCUGAGGAUGAUAUCAUUGCUGCAAUACCAGGCUACGACAAACUAAGCGUGCAGGACAAGAUCCAAGCCCGAAUCAACGAGAAGCGGCGCCGAAGAGAGCUUGAGGAACAGAAGAAGGAGAUUUCUGUGCCUGUUGCAGUGCGUGAAAAGCGGAAGAAGCCCAUCAAUCCGCUCGUUGAGGUGGUGAAGCAGAAUGAGCUGAUAAAAAAAUCUGCCUUUACAGUGACGAAGCAGAACGCGUCGAAAUUUGAUCCGCAGAAGCUGGUUGAGGAGUUCAUGGAGUCAGAUGAGGACACUUUCUCCCAGGCCGCCAGAGACACUCCCCAGACGUCGCCCAAGGCGGAUAUUCCGACCGAGGUGGCCGAGCUGCAGAAAGGAGAAAUGGUGGAGCUCGACUCUGACUCCGACGACGACCUUGCGCAAGUCAAGUUUGGAGCAUCCAAGAAAAGCGUUUUCGAGGUUCGUCGCAAACUUUGCAGAAAAGAGCGUCCUCCUCCGGUCACGCUGAAGAAGUUGAUCAAAGAGGAAAAGCGGCGUCAGAUGCAGGCGUUGGGCCGAAAACAUGUAGAAGUCGUGGUGGAGGAAAAGGAGGACGAGAUCAUGAAGAUGAUGCAGAACGAGAUUGAGCGCAACAAACGGCUGAGAGAGCGGGAAAGGAGUGCCGCUGAGCGGCGGAAGCGCGAGAGGGAGAGACUACUAAGAGGUGAGAUUAGUGAGGACGAGAGCGAUUUGGACUACGACGGGGAGGAGGAGGAAGAUGAGGGGGAGGAAAACGAAGACACUGAGGAUAAUGAAGAGAAUGAGGAAGAACAGGAAGAACAGGAAGAGCAGGAAGAGCAGGAAGAGCAGGAAGACUCUCAGGAGGCUGUACAGGCCGCGGAUCCACCAAAGUCGCCGUCGAUCACCUUUGAGUUGCAGACCCAGGAGGUCGGCUCAAAACCGUUUGGGCCUAUGUCGCUGUCUGAUGCGUUUGACCAGACUUUACCCAAGAAGUACGACGGUAUGAGCUCUUUGGAUGUGAUGAAACGUCUGGGCGACGUUGCCGACGAGACAAUGAACACGAGCAUCAGCGAGACGACAGAACGCCAUGACGAGAGCGUUGUUGUUACCGAGAAUUUCCAGCUGGGCAUGUUGCCUGUUGACGAGCCUGAUGUGCCGAAAACAAUACUCGAGAGUCAAAAUUUCCUGCCAGACACACAAGAUGACGAGUCGGACACUGUUCGGGAAGCCGUUCGCGAAGCCAAACGACUUGCUGAGCAGAAACGAAGGAAACGCGAGCGGGAGCUGCGCAGCAAGGGCCUGAAUCAGAUUAUGGAGAACGAGGCCGAGGAGUCGGAGGACGAGUGGCAGGGAAUGGGGGGCCGUGACGGCGAGAUAUCUGACGAGGAGAACAGCGAGGAUGAGAAAAUGCUGAACGACGCCACGAUAGACGUAAACAGCGACGCGAUCCGCCAGGCCCUGCUAAAGAACGAGGUGGCCGCGGACGACGAGAUGGUGAAAAAGAUAUACAGGGACAUCAAGACCGGGGCGUUCAGGAAGCGCCGCGCACGCGACGGUGCAUACGAGCUGGAGCUGAGCGACGACGAGGACCAGCAGAUCCUUGAGUACUACAACCGGCGUCGUCUGGAGCAGCAGCGGCAGCAGAUGAUGCAGAGCAAGGACGUCAAGGAGCUUGCUAAGGAUAGCAACCGCAAAGCGUUUUUCGACACCAUCAUGGAGACCGAGGAAAGCCACUACCAAUUCGAAGAGGAGCCGGAGGAGCCUGCAGAGGAAGACAUUGCGGACGAGGACGACGAAGAGGAGGAGAAUCUGGUGAUGCCGAAAAGGCGGAAAAUCACAAGGGAGCAGGUCCGGUCGAUGAUCUCGUUCCUGGAGGACGAGGACAAGCCCCAGGACGCAAUAUACAUAGACGACGACGGGUACGAGGAAAUCAAGCAGAUGCGCGAAAGCUCUGUGGUGCUGGCUGAGCGGACAGAGACGCGGCGGGUGGAGGUCCGCGACGAGGACGAGGACGAGGACUUUGGCAUUCUCGCGAGAAAGUCCAUCACCUCGAGCUUCCGGACGAGCUCACUGAAAAAUGAACGAAAAGUGCACGAAGUCAACGUGACGACGAGCUCCAAGCCCGUUGGAGACGGCCGUGGAGCCGUCACGUUCCUGACAAAGGCCCCGCGUCUGCUCAAGCCCAAGGAGGCCCGCAUCGAGCAGACGCUGUAUAAACGACAGCUCAAAGUAAAGGGCGGCGAGUGGAAAACAUAG